GCGGGUGUCGGGCUGCGCAGGCGCAGAGUCACAGUACAUACGGAAGGUCUAGCGCGAGUGCCGGUGCGCACGCGACCUGUCGAUCUCAGACACUCUCAGUGACACCAGUGACUAUCGCCAGACGGACACCAUGCGCCUAGUGUUGGCGUUACUUAUUGUCGCUCUCAUUACGCUGGGGGCGGCGCAGGACACCACGACAGAUGGAAUCAAUGACAAAAUUAAUUCUGUUGAACCAAAACCGUCAGUGAGGCUAGAUCCAUAUAUCCGGAAAGCGCUUUUGAGAGCUCUAACUGAACUCGAAGAAAGUGAAACUUCAACUAUCGAUGACACUUCUUCAAAUACUUCGGAAACGUCUACAAUAAACGCUGAAGAAAUUGCUAAAACUUUACAGCCUCCAUUACCCAAUGAAGAAAUAAAAAUACAUUCAUUUGUUGUAAAUGGUCAAGCUGCCUUUGCCAAUAGCACAAAUAUCACACCGACAAUAAUUGACAACAAAAUAUCAAUAUUAAGUACCACUGCUGGUAAUGUAGAAAAUUACGUGACCGCUAGUCUACCUACACAAACUCCAUUUAAUGAAAUAUUUCAAACCCGAGAAAGUGGUGUAAAUUUCCAGCAAGUUCGAAGUGUAAAAUCACCUAGUCAAGAAAAAAAGAACAGCUUAAUUAAAGAAACUGCCUUCAAACCUGCAGCUACAACUACCACAACUACGACUACAACCACGACCACCACCACUACACCCAAGCCUACUCACAAUGAUGAUGGCGAAAAUAUAGAGGAAGUUGAUCACCGUGAUGUUCAGGUGUUCCAAGCUCCAUUAGUGGCAGCCUUCACCGUACAUCAAGAUGCGCAGGGUUUGCCCAAAAAAGUUAUCCCAAUUUAUCAACAAACCAAUGCCCGAGAGUCGCUAAGACCUCAACCUGCUACAAAUAUUCCUACGGGUGUCUUACCACCACAAAUUAAUGGAAAUAUAAUUCCAUCAAUUCCUAUUGCCAACCGAAUUCCUCCAUCAGAUUUUGUAAGUCAGCAAUUAGAACUACAAAGACAAUUAGAAGAAAAACAACGUAUUCUAGAAGACCAACUUCGCUUACUACAACAGCAACAAAGACAACAAGAAGAAUUGCUAAGGAGACAACAAUUUCUAUUACAACAAAAAGAAUCUCAACGCCAGCAGCAAAUUCUUUUUGAACAAGAACAGCAAAAACGACAAAAUCUCUUCUCUGAACAACAAAAGCUGUCUAUAAAUGCGAAUAAUAAUUUCCAUUUGCAAGAAUUGCCAAAACCAAAUCAACAAAAUAAUUUUUUAAAUAAUGGAAUCAAACAACAAAAUUCACAGAUAUCUAUUGUACCCAGUGUUCCGAUAAUAGAACACUCUCAAACCCUUCAAAGUCACCAACAACUGCCUAAUCGAGAAGCUGUAGAUUUUCUUUUGCACCUUCGCAAUCAGCAGCCUGAGCAAUUUCCUCUACAAGAAAACCACCUUCCUCAAGGCAUAAGCAACUUUUUACAACCAAACCCUAUUAAUUUCCACCCGGGGCCUAAUGUCAACCAAUUUGGUCAAAAACAAGGCAAUCGUGUAUUCCGUCAGGAAAGCGGUGUCGGCAAUUUCGGUGUUGGCUUAAAUAAUCAAAAUCAAAACUUUAAUAGAUUUAACACAUUUAACCCUGUUUACAACAACAACCGUUUCUUUCCUUCGACCAGGUUCAACCAAUUCAGUCCAGAUGCUGAACUAAAGCAACUGCUAUAUCAAUCGGGAUUAAAUACGAGAAGUCCGGAGGACUUAAAUAUUGUAUCAAAGGUGUUGUCAUUAAACCAUGGAUUAUCCGUGAACAAUAAUGUUUCUAAUCGACUCCCAUUUGAUAGCAGAAGAUACGUAAGAACUUCUUUAUAGAGAGUAUUAUCAUUACAAAAACUAAUAUCCAUAAAUUCGAUGAAGCAAAAUUUUAAAAAAGAAAAUGUUCAGAAGUACUACAAAACAUUUCAUUUGAAUUAAAAUACAUAAGUUUCAAUAGACAUAGCAACCAAAGAAGUAAUAUGAAGAAGAAUGUAAAUGUAAUAGCUUAGCCUUGUAUACCUUACUCCAUAUUCUUAGAUUAUAGCAUGACUAUUUAUUUUAUCAUUAUAGAUAAUAAUUAUAUGAACUGCCAUAAGUAGUAAAAGUUAGUUAUGAAAGCCCAAAAACUUAUCUCAUUUAACCUUAAUUAUAAAUUACUAAUGUAAUAAAUAAAUAAUUAGAAAUAAUCUUCAAACUAUUUUGAUGGUAAACUUUGUGAAGUUUUAUUACUUUAAUGCAGUUUUACUGUACUUAUCUAUAUUCAUGAAUGAAAUAAUAUUUAGCCUAAUAAACAUUUUCAACAUUUGAUACCUUUAAUAAUAACAUCUUAUUUACGUUGUCAACUAUUCUCAAAAAGCACUACCGCAGUUUUUGAUACUUUCCAUCAUACCUAUAAGAAUUUUGAUUUUUCGGGCUUUACUUAGGUAAUUUAGAUUUGUAGUUAACUUAGUAAUUAAUUGUGUUAGCAAUGAAUUACAGUAGGCAUGUAAAACUCAUUUUAUUAAUAGAAAGAAUGAAAUACUUUGAUUCUCUGGAAUAAAUUGAUUUUGAUUAAAAUCUUAAACCUUA